AUGUUUAUUCAUCUGAAGAGUUAUGGCGCUGCAGUCCAGGCUGGAGAUACUCUUUCCUUGGGUUCCUCACUUGCUGGAAAUCAAACAUUAAAUUCAAAGAAUGGCACAUUUGAAUUUGGAUUCUUCAGCCCAAAUGGGGGCAAUAACUGGUAUAGUGGAAUUUGGUAUGCCAAUAUAGCAGAGAAGACGACUGUUUGGGUGGCUAACAGGGAGAAUCCCGCGAGAAACAAGUCUGGCAUUUUGAAGCUGUCAAGACAAGGUAAACUGAGAUUGUUUGAUGCAGAGGGCGCGUCUAUUUGGUCAGUCAGCAAUAGCAUAUCCAGAAAGGCAUGUCGGGCUGUGCUAUUAGAUUCUGAUAAUUUCUUAAUGCUGAGCGAUGAUAAUGAACAAGAAACUGUGUGGCAGAGUUUCGACAAUCCUGUAGAUACCUUGUUGCCCGGGAUGAGAUUUGGUGGACAGCAAAAGCUAGUCUCUAGGAAAAAUUCAUUGGAUCCCGCUCCCGGGCUUUUCUCCUUUCACAUGGAUCCAUCAGGGGCCAAACAAUUGGUUCUAACAUGGAACAAUUCUGUGCAGUAUUGGAAAAGCCGAACUUGA